UUAUACAAAGGUUGUGAUAUCAGCAGGGACAAAAGAAAAAACACACAAUGCGAGCUGCCCAUCUGAACCAACCCAGCCGGUUUAUCUUGAAAGAACUAUACGAGCUACUUAAACCCCUCCCACCACUAACACGGCUCUCCUCAGCAGCACAGGUUUAGCGUCGUUAGUCUGUUUUACUAAACUGUUCUGUGUGUGAGGAAUCUCUCAGUUUUGAGGGCCAUGUGGGUGAGGUGACAGAGAAAAGCGGAGCUUACACAGAAAGCUGUAAAGGGAUAAGAUGCUGCUUCCAGGAAACGCGCGACCGAUGACUGAAGAAUGUCAGUCUGCAGACUUCCAGGAUGCCGGAAAUAUGAAACUGACUCAUCCGUUGCUGGGUAACUCAAAAGAAGGGCCACCCAAAAUGGUCUCAUCACAUUCCUCGCGGCUAAAGUACCUGUCUCUAGGUGUAUUGGUGCUGCAGACCACCUCACUGGUGCUCACCAUGCGCUACUCCCGCACGCUGAAGGAGGACGGUCCUCGCUACCUGGCCUCCUCGGCUGUUGUGUUAGCCGAAGUGCUCAAGAUCUUCGCCUGCAUCUGUCUUGUCUUCAUGGAGAACAAUUUCAGCUUGCGGGCCAUGAACCUGCUGCUGGAGGAGGAGAUUGUGAAGAAGCCCGUGGAGACCAUGAAGCUGGCCGUGCCCGCAGGGAUCUACACGCUGCAGAACAAUCUGCUCUAUGUUGCCUUGUCCAAUCUCGAUGCAGCCACUUAUCAGGUCACGUAUCAGCUGAAGAUCCUCACCACAGCGCUGUUCUCCAUCUCCAUGCUUGGGAAGAAACUGGGCCUCUACCAGUGGCUCUCCCUGCUCCUCCUCAUGGCCGGAGUCGCUCUGGUGCAGUGGCCUGCAGAUUCUGGAAAAGACUCCGAGCAGAAGAUCCUGACGGCGGGCUCCCAGUUUGUGGGAUUCAUGGCUGUGCUGAUGGCCUGCGUGUCCAGUGGUUUUGCCGGAGUUUACUUUGAGAAGAUCCUCAAGGAGACAAAGCAGAGUGUGUGGGUCCGAAACAUCCAGCUGGGUGUGUUCAGCUUUGUGUUUGGCUUUAUAGGAAUGAUGGUGUACGACGGCCACAGUGUGAUGAAGUCAGGAAUAUUUCAGGGCUACAGUGCUAUUACCUGUAUAGUUAUACUACUGCAGGCUCUGGGGGGGCUGGUGAUUGCAGUGGUGAUUAAAUAUGCGGACAACAUCCUCAAAGGAUUUGCCACCUCUCUGUCAAUCAUCUUUUCAACACUCAUUUCAUGUUUCCUCUUGAGGGACUUUAACCCCACAGGGGUGUUUUUCUUUGGGGCAGUGCUGGUUAUUGCUGCCACAUUUCUUUACAGCUGCCCGGGCAAACCUGCUAGCGGCAGCAGCUCCAUCAAAGUGUAGUCUCGGAGCUCUGGGAGCUGCACCACCUACCAGAUGGAGCAGGACUCUACAAGCUGUGGCCAAGACUUUGCCUUGUUGAACUCUAAAAAACAAAAAGAUGCAAGAAAUGAAGAGAGUACCACCGCUUCUUACUGCCAAAUGACCACAUCUGUGGUGCUGCUUUGCACAAAAGAUGGAGGCAAAUAUUUUUUAUAAGUUCAGUAUUUUAGCUGUGUUUUUAUAUGAUAUGGGAAAUGGGAAUGGGAUUAUAUUAUAUAUUAUAUUUACAAAAAGGGGUAUCAACGGAGAUGCCGACGUCAAAGAGAAAAGAACAUAUCUGCCAUCUGGUGGUGGAAUGAGGAGCAAACCUGCUGCAAAGAGGAGGGGUUUCCUCUAUCCAGACACUGAAUGUCCUUUGUUUUAUUUAUUUUUUUUUAGAUGAAAUAAAUCUAAAAUGAAAGGAAAAUUUCUGCUUUCACUUCGCUGCUCACAGUCUUAUUAUUUAUACCCAAAACAUUUGUUCUGCAGUUAUAUAAAUGCAUAUUAAAGCUCUUUAUAAAUAA